GUCGCUGAGUGUAUCUGCUCUUGAAGCCGUUAAAUUUUCAAAUUUCCCACCACUGUUGUUACAAACGUGCGCACGCGCACUGAUAAUUUUCAAAAUUUGUUUGAAACGAAUGUUUUCUGUGUUGUGUUUGUGAUUUAUUUUGCUAUCCCAAUGUUUUAUAGAGUUUGGACGAAAUGGAAGGUUUUGUAAACGUGUCAGUCCGAAUAAAACCAACUUUCAACGAUGAAACAACAAAUUCUUGUUUGCAAGUUAUAAACAAGCAACCACCGAUUUUAUUCGUUUUGGACAAGGCCCAGACUUAUCAUUUUGAUAACAUUUUCACUCCUGAUAUACAACAAGAGGAAGUUUACAACGAAACUGUGAAGACCCUCACUGAACGUGUUAAAACAGGUUACAAUUGUACGGUGUUUGCUUAUGGACAAACGGGCACUGGGAAAACAUACACGAUUGGCACAAAUGCUGACGUCACUUUAAAUGAAGAAGAAUCUGGACUUAUUUCACGAACUUUGGAUGAUUUUUUUACUUCUUCCGAUGAUUACACUGAAACUGAAAUUUCAGUCUCAUUCAUUGAAAUUUAUAAUGAGAAAGUUUAUGAUUUGCUUUUUCCGCAGCAUGCUCUCCCGGUUAAAGGUUUUACUGUCCAAGGCUUCAAAAAAUUGAAAGUUAACAAUACUUUUGAGGCUUUGGAGCAGUUGAAAUAUGGUAGCAGAAAUCGUCACACCGGUGAAACCAAACAAAAUCUCAACAGUUCAAGAUCACACGCAAUUUUCUCCAUUUAUUACCAUUCAAGGACUUGCACGAGUGAAGUUGAGGCAAAGUUGAAUUUAGUUGACCUGGCAGGUUCAGAGAGAGUUAACAGGACUGGUAAUCAAGGUUCCAGUUUUUACGAAGGUGUCAAUAUAAAUAAAGGUUUGUUAAGUCUUGGACAAGUUAUGACAGCGUUGUCGACAAAUUCUUCACACAUCCCUUACCGCCAGUCUGUCAUAACAACAAUUCUUCAAGACUCUCUAAACAAAAAGAAUUACGUUACGUUAAUUGCUUGUGUUAGUUCAAGUCCCGAAGAUUUACCUGAAACAUUACAAACAUUAGAAUUUGCAAACCGUGUUAAAAAAAUGAAGAACAAGCCCGAAGUCAAUCAUUUCAUAACACAGUAUAAAAAAGACAAUCCUAGCUUGUUUCCAAGGGGGCUUACUCCGUCCAAACGGACCAAUUCUAAUACGUUUGAAACGCCGUUUAAGAAGCCAAAAAUGGUUUUACCUGCUGUUCAGGAAACCCCGUUUUUUUCCACCAAUUCUGCUUUUGAGGUGUCCCCCUUAUUGUCGUCAAGUUUAAUAUCGACGAGUAGUGCCCAACAAAAUUUUAGUCCCGUGAUUAGAAAAUACAUGAAUGCCAUGGAGUCUUCAAUAAUUAAUAAGUUGGAAAGUGUAAUAAAAAGCACGUUAAGGAGAUCAAAGAGAUUGAGUGUACGCAAGGGGGAUAAGGAAAAUGUAUCACCAAGAAUCUCAAUGAAAGCAGUAUCAAAAAAUCUUUACGCUGAAUCACCUGAAGGGAGGGCCACUAGCAGUCCUCUUGAACGGUCAAUUACCAACAGAAAUAGCGGCCCUUUAGUAGAAGAAGUGCAAGAUUUUAGUAUAAUGGAAAAUAACAAUGAAAGUUUUUUUAAUGAAACGAAAAACAACGAAAGAAGAGACGAGUCGAUAUUUCUUGUCCCAGCUCCAAGGACGAAAAAACCAAAGAUUCCAAAUAACUCGAUUAGACGUAGUGUUAGAUUACAAUUGCGGAAAUCAACACUGGAAAUUCAAUCACCGGAAGGUAACAGACGACGUAGUGUGCGGCUGCAACAGAAACAAACUCUCAUGAAAACUGAAAAAACGCAGAGGAAAACACCACUCAAAAAAACUGCGUCAAAAACGAAAACUGCAGAAAGCCCAAUUACGUCACGAACUAACCAGGUUUUGCACCUCCUAAAUAACGGCAGUGUGAAAGAGCUGGAAAAGUUGCACACAGUUGGAUCCAAAACUGCUGAAAAAAUUUAUUUGUUCAGACAGUUGAAGGGGAAUUUCCGGAGUAUAGCAGAGAUUGCAGAGAUGCCGUACUGGACCAAAGCCAAAUAUGAAAAAUUUUUGGCCGAAAAUUUUCUUAGAAGGUAACGUAAACCAUUUUAGUCAAGGGAUCUCCAAAGAUAAUGUAUUUGAUUUGAAAAAAAUAUAUUCUUAGUGUACACAUA